AUGGAUGGUGGCGCACAGUUGCUGGUGUGCACAUGCACAGAGAUACCGUGUGACUGUGCCGUGCCAGCCAAUGUCGAACAACCAACACCAUCACCGCCGCCACCCGCACGCGCUGCUCGUCCAGUCGUUGUGCAACCAGCCUCGAGAGCGUCAGCGAACAUCAUUCGCCACUAUCCAGCCGUUGUCAGCUCAAAUGUCUUUUACGACGCCUAUGUUCGGGCCACCACCUCGUCGCGCAGUCCAGUAGUGCAUGAUGCACCAGCGGAGAGUACAUCACGGCCUGACAAGGGCAAAGGAAGAGCCACAGAGAGUGACACAAAUGGAAUCGACUUGCUGACUGAUGACGAUCAUCACGAGACCGAAGUCGUCAAUGGCAGCGACAGCAAUGGCGGAGAAGAUGUGAAGUACCUCCACGACGCCACCCCUCUGGAGGUCACCAUCAAAGGCAGCUUCACUUGGAAUGUGGCGAUCUUCGGCGGCGUUACUUACAACAUCGAGAUCGAAGACUGCAUCCUUCGCAAUGUGACUAUCACCAACUGUAGUCUGGACUCCAUAAGACUGUUCAACACGCACCUGGAGGACGUUCAUAUCUCCAAUUGCGAGCUGGAGGCUAUCACGUGCAACAGCAUUGAGCUCAUGGAUCGCGAAUUCAAGAAUUUGAAGAAGGACAAACAGGGCAAGCCGUAUCUGGGCACGUACAAGCCUGCGGCUUUGGAGCCUUUCGACUUCGUCCGAAUUGAGUGGGAGAAGGAGAUCGACAUCGAUGCCACCACCAACCAAUUCGCUGGACUGGGCUGGCGUCCUACUGCGGAAGAGAUCGAGCAGCAGAGACCGGAGGAAGUCAAGAUCGAAGAUCAAAAGCGCUGGGAAGAUGAGAGGGAGCGCUGGGAGACAGAUGACCAAGAGCAGCAGGCGCGCUAG